AUAUUUGAUUAUUGAAUAAUUAAAACAAUAAAUGGAAUAUUUUGUUUAAAUGUGAAGAUUUUUAAAUGAAUUCUUAUCAAUAAAUCUUUUUCGAAAAAAAGAAAGAUUAAAUUGUUUUUCCUUUUCUUUUCAUUUGAAUAAUUUGAAUAAAAUCAAGAAAUUACUGUUUCAAAUUUGUUGUUGUUGUUGUUGGAGAUACUUAAAUAUAUAUAUAUAAAUCACUUUAAAUAACUAAUAGACUAAAUGUUCCAUUAAUAAAAUAAUUAAUUAAUAUUUAAAUUUAUAACGAAACGAUUCAAAAAAACAAUAUCAAAGGUCAACAUCAAAUAGAAAAUGUCUACUGGUUAUAUACUACUGACAGAUGAUGCAUACGGUCAAGAUUUGUAUAUGUUAAAUAGAUGUUUAGAUGAUAUUGAAUGGUUUGAAAAGAAUUUUAGAAAAAGUUUUAGAUUUUCACCAGACGAACUUGAUAAUAAACAGACUAUAAAUGUAAAACAAAAUAAUGAUGAACCGCCAGAUUCUACUGUAGCAAUCGAUUCUUUACAAAAAGUUAAAUAUGCAUUAAAUAUUAUUGAAAAAAUUCGUAAAUCAGUACCAUAUAUAUCAAAAGAAAUUUUUGUUUAUUUAAUAAGAAUUGUACGUAAAGUUCAUACAGUUGCAAAAUCAAAACAAAUUACUAAUUACAAUUCUAAUAUUGUAGUUGAUGUAAUUGAACCAUUAUUGAAUGAAAAUACUAUUACGUCAAUAUUUAAAUUAUUAUCAGUUAAAACAAAAGAAUUAUGGUUAGAUCUUGGACCUGCAUGGAAUACACCAAGCUCAAAGUGGCCCAAUCCACUGAAUAUUUAUAUGCCAAUAUUUUAUCAUCCAUUGAAAAAAAGAUCUAGACAUAGAUCAAAUGAAGUGAUUAGUCGAAAUCCAGUAUUUAAUUCACGAAUAGUUCUGAAAGGAGCAUCAGAAAUCAAUGAUGAAUAUGAACCACGUUUUCAUGUAUAUUACGUUAUGUAACUGAAGGCAAUCUAAAAAAUUUCCUACAUAUGAGCUUCCUGACGAUUGAUUUCUGGCACCAAUAUGUUUCAAUUCAAAUAUUUAUGCUUGAUGAGUAGAAAAUUAGAUUUUCUGACGUUUCGUGACUUAGUGUAAGUCACUUCUUCAGAGAAGUGAUAUUACAAAUAUAUUAUUUAUUUAUAACAAUUUAUGCUUGAGUUACAUAGUACCGAAAUUACAGGUGGUGCCGCUGACCUAUUUGGAAUAUGAUGAAUCACUUGUGUACUAUUUAUCAGUGAUUCUUCUGUUGAUUUUCCCUAACUCUCAUCUAUGUAAAGUAUAAAGAAUAAGCACAUUAUUUAGCAUAUACUUGAGGAAACAGUAAAGCACUUGUUAACUGAAUAAAAUUUUGAACUUCACUUAAAAUGGAUUAACUUAAUUCAAUAGUUAACUUGAAUCUAUUUAGUACUUAGUUUCAGAUCCAUGUUUUUUUCCCUAAUUGAAUAUCUCAUACUUAUUGUUUUAGUUACUAAUUGUAUCGUAAAAUGUUUUAGAAUACUUUAACAUUUAUCAGUGUAAAUCACUUACAUUUCAUAGAAUCGAAUUUAUUCAUCCUUUCAAAAAGAUGUUUGUUAUUUUCAUAACUUAGUUACUUAGAUAGUGAAACAAACAAACAAAACUUUCUUUAUGACGCUCUGUUAAGUUCAAUAGGAAAACGUACUUCAUGUCUAUUUGAAAAUAGACAAAACAAAAUGAUAUUAACUUUGUAUUAAAAUACUUAUUUACCAUCGUUGAUUUACCUUAGAUGAUAAUAGUCGAUGAUUUUAAACCUGACCUAUUCAAGUUUUCUUAAUUUUAUAGGGUACUAGUUUGUUAUUUUUUUAAACGAUUCAUCCGUUAUAUGAACGAUGUUAUGAAUGAACAUGAGCAACAAUUCAUAGAAGUAUUUCAACUUGAAUUCAUUCGUUUAUAAACAUUUUUAAUUUUAGAAUUGAAAUUAAAACAUGAUGAUAUUAAUUAUGCCAUCUUCAUAUUACAAAAACUAUGAUGAGUUCAGUGUUUCCAGGUUUUUCAUGGUGAUCUAGCUUCAAUUGACUCUGAUUUCAACUAUUAAAAAAAUUACUAUAAUAUCCACAAAACUUUUUUCUGAACUAUAUGUGUUGUAUUUUUAACCAUUAAAAAAUUUUAAUAGUUGAGAUUAUGAGUCAAUUGAAGCUAGACCACCAUGAAAAAAAUGGAAGCACUGGAUGGCCGUUUCCUCCUACUGUGGGACUCUUCAGCAUUGUGCAUCCCCGAUCCCACUUCGCGAAAUUCGAACCCAAGAUCUUUCAGUCUCGUGCGCGAGACUAUAAUAUCCACAAAACCCUUUGUGAUAAAAAAUUCUCUUUGUGCAUAAUACUUAACCCGGAAGUCAAAAUUAAACUACAAUAUUCAUAUAAUGGCUAUAAAACUGUUUAUUUGAUAUCCCUUUGUUUAAAUAAUAUUUAUAAUCAAAAUUGGAUAAAUAAGGUCUUUGGUACUUGAUAGAUUUCAGUGAUGAUCCUUACAGAUAUUCCCAGUAUAUUUUGCUCACUAUCCUUUAACGCAUCAUAAUGUGUAUUAUUAGCUAAUAUUAUCAUUAUUAUUUUUAUAAGGUGGUUUGCGUUAUUUCCGCAUUGAUGAUAAAGAAUAUUUGGCUUAUCAACGAUUUCGAAAAAGAACUAAACAACAUGAUGAAUCGUAAGUGUUAGUAAAUCACAGCGAUAAUAAGUUUUUUCCCGCUGAAGUUUUGUAAACUGAAUGCCUUUUUAAGCGGAAAUGGAUGGUGGCUAACAGUGAAAUAUAGGAUGCGCGUUUCAUCCCUUUCGGAACUCGCCAGCUGGAUGCACCUGCGUCUCAGAGUUGAUGUUCACUCUGAGACUCGAACCCAAUACCCUUCUCUUCGAAAGCCAUCGCAUUGUCCACUUAGCUAAUGAGUGCUGAUAGCGACUUGCUUGUGCAGUGGGAUGAAGUUUAUAUUCACUUGGCAUUGUUUACUUGAAUUUCGUCAUUAAUGUAAAGGACCGUAAUUUAUCAUAGUUUACAUUUUUUGCAGUUGCAUAUAAGAUUUAUUUCACAACUUGACAAUUGUCUGAAGACCAUAAGUUCUACUGCUUUACUAUUCACUUACAUAAAAGUUUAGGAUCAUCUCUCACAACUCGUGGGCUUCCUGUUUUAUAACUAUGCAAACAUAACUGCAAAAUUCCCCAUUUUAUUCUGGUUCUAACUGAAUAAAUGUAAUGCGAGAUAGACAUGUGUAAUCCUACGCUCAUAUGAAAUGUUUAAUAUCUAUAACAAAGCCAGUUGCUUCAAAAUACAAACCACUAUCACUGUCGGUUAGUCUUUUGAAAAGAAACAAGAUGAAAUAAAAUUCACAUGUCAUGCAUAUUAUGCAAUAAAAAAAACAUGUCAAUAAAUCAAAACUGUUUGAAUGGAUGAAUAUAAAUGUCAUUUAUAUAUAUACUCUCACACAUUCUCCUUCUCCCGGGGAUCAACUGAAUUACAAAGACGUCAACAUCUGAGUGAAAGCAUGGGAUACAGUGGAAAGUUAGAGUGAAUCUGGACGAUCUAGAAUUCGUAGAUGAUCUGACUAUUCUAUCGCACACGUAACAACAAAUGCAGAAGAAGGCGACCAGUGUAGCAGCAAUCUCAGCAGCAAUAGGUCUCAACAUAAACUAAAGGAAAAGCAAGAUUCUCUCAUACAACACUACAGACACCAAUCAAAUCACACUUGACAGAAAAGCUUUGUAGGAUGUAAAAACCUUUACAUAUCUGGUCAGCGUCAUCGAUGAACAUGGUGGAUCUGAUGCAGAUGUGAAGGCGCAGAUUGGCAAAGCAAGAGAAGCAUAUCUACAACUGAAGAACAUCUGCAACUCAAAACGACUGUCAACUGCCAACACCAGAGUUAGAAUUUUCAAUACAAAUGUUAAGACAGUUCUACUGUAUGGGGCGGAAACUUGGGGAACCACGAAAGCAAUCGUUGAGAAGAUACAAGUGUUUAUUAACAGUUGUCUACGCAAAAUACCUCGGAUCCGUUGGCUAGCACUAUCAGCAACAACCUACUAUGGGAGAGAACAAACCACAUGCCAGCGGAGGAAGAAAGUAGGAAGAAGUGCUGGAAGUGGGUCGGACACACAUUGAGGUAAGCACCCGACUGCAUCACAAGGCAAGCCCUCACUUGGGAUCCUCAAAGCCAAAUGAGGAGAAGAGGAAGACCAUAGAACACAUUAUGCGGAGAAAUGGAGACAGACAUGAGAAGAAUGAACAUGAAUUGUAUAAAACUAGAAAGGGAGGCUCAGGACAGAGUGGAUGGAGCAUGGUGGUCAGCGGGCUAUGCUCCACCGGGAGUAACAGGUGUAAGUAAGUAAUAUAUAUCGUGUGUGCACACUGCUGAGGAAUCCCACAAUAAGACAACACGGCGGUCCAGUGCUCCCAGGUUUUCCAUGAUGAUCUAGCUUUAAUUGACUCAUGAUUUCAACCAGUGAGAUUCUUUAGUUACCUUUUCAUGUGAUUCUUAUUUAACUUAAUGAACAUUAUAUUGUAAUAAGAUUAAAGAUUGCUAAUUUAACAACGAUACGUUUUGAUAGAAAAUAUUAAAUUAAUACCUUGAAUCACUUUUGAUCUUUGAAUUGAAAAUAUAAUCUAAAUUAUGUUAAAUAAAUCGUAAGUUUUCUCUUAAAAAUAAACUCUUUAGCUACAUAUAAAAUGUAAUAUUCUUGUUUCCUUUUUCUUUUUUGUUUUUGUUUUGAAGUUAUCUGAUCAUCAUAAAAAAAAUUGCACUCUGAACGAUUAGUGUAAACUGAUCAACAAUGUAAACAUAAAUUCAAAAAAAAAAAUUUUUUAAAUAAGUAUGUUCAAUUCGAGUGAAAAUCAGACAGAUUAAUUGAUGACCUUCAUUACAGAUUGUAUAAAAUGUUUUUUUUUACAGUCUGAAUAUAUUACAUCAUUUUAUUAGUAUUGUUACUAAGCUGUUUGAUAUAAAUGAUUUAAUGAAAGAAUGUUAUUUACAUUUUGUAAUUCGGAAUAACAGUGAAAGAAUUACAGUUUGUUUUGUUAAUAAAUACUUCGAGAUUCCAUACAAUAUAUAAGUAAUAUAUUCACUUGAAUGAAAAUAUUCACUUUUUCAAAGAACAAUAUCUUACAUCUACACAAUUAAAUUUAUUCUAAAACUAAUAUAAUAAAAUAUAUGACAAAUAUAUUCAUAAUAAAUCAAAGAACAAAAAUACACUUAAAACUAGUUCCUCAUAUUUUUUAAGGAAGAAAAAAAGAACGAUAGUUUCCAUCAAGUUUCUUUAUCUUUCGAAAUUUUAUUGUUUACUUUAAAAAAAAUAUUGAUUGAUUCAUUGUAUCUGUGCUUAAACAAUAUUGAAAUCUUUAUCUUUUUAAUUUAAACAAUCAUCUGUUUACUUUUUUUUUUAAAAAAUAAUAAAACUAUUUACUAUUUAUAAUCAGAUUUUUAAAGAAAGAUUCAAUCUAUAUGAUUAUUACAAAUCGUUAUUUGCCUAUAAUCGAUAUUUACAUUGAUAUUUUCUUAUUACUAAGUGAAUGAUUAUGAUUUUAUUUAUUUGUUUUUUUGUCAAAAACUAUUGAUUCGAUGGUUUCUUUUCUGUUUUCUUCUAAUUUUACUUUCUUUUAUCUUUUAUGUAUUCUGUUGUUGGUUAAAAUGAUUCAUUAACUUUGAAUAAAGAAACAUAAAUAACUAA